UGCUUGUUGCCCCAACUCCACCACCCCACCUGGUAGGGAGUCAGUGGACAUUUUCUUCAGCUCCUGCCGGAAAUGACGUAUCUGGUCUUUGUCUUUAUCCUGGCGCCAUCCGAAUCAGAUCCCUUCCCUCGACUAUCUACAGGGCUACACAAGUAAUGAGUGCACGAUAUCAUUUGAAUUAUGCUUCCCUUACUGUGUCUAUUGAUAAUCACUACGUUGUACUGAGGUCCGUUAGAACGGACUAGAAACAGUUUUUUUUUUUUUUCCCAUUUCUGGGAUUGAUGAUCCUUGAUAACCUGUGAAGAAGAAUAGGCAAUAGAAGACGAUGUUGGUUUCGGUGGGAGUAGGUUUUGUGGCAGGGGCACUGGCAGUUCUUGUGUUGGAAGCUGUGGUAUUGCUACUCUUGAUCCACCGCGUCAAUCGGCGGGUAGCCCAGCAACAGCAGAAAGCAAACGAGGGAAAGGCACCAGAGUCUUCACCUAUCCACUACGAUCCCUCUUUUCACAAUAAGCAGGGGGUAGUCUGGCUUCUAGAGUCAGAGGCUAUACUGAAAAGUUUGGAUGAUAACUUAAAGGAGCAAAAGCGUAAAAAAGAGGUCUUCGAAGUUUUACCUGUCAAAAAGCAUGCCAUGAUUAAAGAUCAUUCUCUGUUCGUAUCGGAAUUAGAUGGUUCUUGUAUUGAAGUUCAUCUUAAGGGUUGCAUGGUAGCAGCUGUUUCAGCAACAAGCUUGCCAUCAAGAAAAUGGGCCAAAAAGUACCCUAUUAAAGUGGAGAAUAAAGAGACAACAUUAUACAAAGGAAGUACAACAUUCUACAUUUAUCUAGAAACGUCUUGGGAGAAGGAGUCAUGGUGUAAAGCCCUCCGCCUUGCUUCCUCUGAUGACAAAGAAAAACUUAAGUGGUUUGCUAAGUUAAAUCUUGAAUUUCAACGCUAUGUGGCAUCAUUAGGUGCAGAAUAUCCUUCAUUUAUGAAGCCAUCAGUGGGUUUAUCUAAUGACUUAAAUGAUAAGUUAAUUAAGCUUGAUGGCUCUUCAUCAAAGGUUCGCCAAUUUCUAAAGAAACUUGCAAAGAAGGGGUCAAAAAGUGGUUUAGAUAGUAAGGCAAGUUGGACUCCAAUAUCAGCUCAAGAAGAAAGAAAGUUUGGUGAGAAAUCUCGUUCAUAUUAUGAUUCUGGUGUAGCAAAUAUGGUCAUAGGGGGAAAGCUUCCAGAGGAUGUGAUAGUGUCAUCAUCAUUAUCCACCAGCCGUGAUUUCGGGAGCAGAAGUCACAUUUCUGUUUCCUCUGAUGGAGAUUCUGAUGAAAAGACCUUUGGUGAUGAAGGAACACUUUGUUGGAAUCUAUUGUUUUCACGUUUGUUCUUUGAUGCCAAAAGUAAUGCACGGCUGAGAAGUUCUGUUCAAGAAAGGAUUCAGAAACUGCUAUCUAAUAUGCGAUCUCCCAGUUACAUAGGUCAAGUGAUAUGUACUGCUGUAGAUCCUGGUAAUCUUCCUCCAUAUAUCCACGCAAUGAGGGUUCUUCCCUCACAUAUGAAUGAGUUAUGGGCCUUUGAGGUUGAUAUCGAGUAUUGUGGUGGCGCAAUCCUAAAUGUUGAAACAAGAAUUGAAGUUCGGGAACUGCAUGUCCAGGAGGGAGAGGACAAAUUAUUUGAAUCAAGUGCUGUAGGUCAGGUUACUUCAGAUUUGCUGGAAAGCUUUGAGCACUUGGGGAAAAAUUUGAAGGUUUCUGAAGAGAGAGAGAAAGCUGACCAACUGAAUAAAAGAGAUGAAGGAGAAGCUGGUGUAGAUGGGAGCAGAAAUCAAAAGAAUGCUUUGCGUGGAUCAUCUCAAGUCUCUAGGUGGAAGUCUGUGCUGCAUUCUAUUGCAAAGCAGGUUUCGCAGGUUCCGCUCUCACUGGGAAUACGGGUAUCAUGGCUUCGAGGAACUAUGCGUUUAUACAUAAAGCCACCUCCUUCAGAUCAAAUAUGGUUUGGGUUCACAUGUAUGCCAGAUAUAGAUUUCAACUUGGAGUCUUCUGUUGGGGACCACAAAAUUACAAAUGGACGUCUUGCUUUACUUUUAAUCAGCAGACUUAAGGUGGCAAUUCGUGACACACUUGUGCUUCCAAAUUGUGAAAAUAUAUGCAUCCCUUGGAUGUUAGCUGAGAAGGAUGAUUGGGUUCCACGAAUAGCUGCUCCUUUUCUGUGGAAUAGACAAGAAGCUGCUGGUAAUUCUACCACAAAACCAGAACAGACUGCUCAAUCAUCGGAAGAAAACUUGACAGCUGAAGCUAAUAAGCGAAUCCCAAAUACUUGUUCAGAGGGAAGGCUAAGCAAAUCUAAUGAAGUAGGGCCUGAAAAACAUCCUGAAAAUGGAUCGUCAGAACACUAUGCUUCAUCGGCUCCAACUGAGCAUUCAACUGGCAGAUCUCUGCUUGAAUUGACAACUCCUUUGUUAAACAUUGAUGAACAGGGAGAGAUUGCCCGCAGGAGUGUAGAGGAGAAUCCACAGUGCAACGUGCCAUCUCCAUCACUGAUCUUAACAGGGCAAAAUAGCUAUAACUCAGAAGAAGAAGAUGCAAAACACAAGAGAAUUGGCACUAGAGCACGAAUGCUUGGUUUCGGGAAGAAGAUGGGAGAAAAACUUGAAGAAAAGAGGAAACACAUUGAAGAGCGGGGAAGGCACAUUGUUGAGAAGAUGAAAGGACCACAAUUAUCUUAGCAAUGUCGAUUCAAUUGAUUUUUAGAAAGUUGCAGCAUCAUGAAAGUCCGUGUACCAAGUUUAGCUAGUGUAUACUUUUUUGAUUCUCAUGUAGUCCUCUACAUUUUGAUACGGUUAAUUUGUAACUACUGCUGAACAAUUGAUAAUUCAUUCCUAUUUACCGGAGAUCCUGAGUCAUAUAGAUUCA